AGUUCUUCAGACCCAACCUGCGCCAUCAGCAGCACCGGCUGUUUGGAUCUACAGUUUCUGCUGCCGGGACCAGAACCACUGAGCCCCCGGGAGCCUGAGCAGCAUGGCCUCCAACAGCGCCACCAUGGGGAAUCUUCCCAGCGGGGUUGGAAUCUGUGCCACGAUUCCUGACAUUUUGUACCUGCCUGAGCUGGUGUUCGGGGGGCUGGUGUGGAUUCUGGUGGCGUGCACGCUUGUGGUCCCAGCAAACCCGCAGGGCUGGGUCAUGUUUGUGUCCGUUUUCUGCUUCGUUCUUACCUUCAUCUGGAUGGUGGUGUUUGCCUGCGGAGGGCACCAUAACAAGAGCAGCUGGGCCGCAGCCGACUUUGUUUAUCACGGGAUCGCAGCGUUCUUCUACCUGAGCGCCUCUGUGUCACUGGCCAGAGUGACGUUGACCAUGGCUGAGGGCCAGAACUUCCAGAACUAUCAGCUGGACAUCUCUGCAGUGGUGUUCUCCUACGUGGCCACUCUGCUCUACUUCAUCCACACCAUCCUGUCAGCCAUCAGGUGGAAAUCUUUCUGAGGGGACUUUUCUGGGAUUCAAUUCCGAACACUUUAUUCUGAAGGAGGAGGUGGAAAAUGACGCAUCAACACUUUGACUUGGCAAGGAUUGGGUGGUCCAGACCGGGUUUGUCUCCCACAUGACUACAGUCAAUUCUCAGGAAUAAAUUCUCUUCAGGCUUUAUAUCAUUGCUAGGUACAAAUGAAAGACAGCUUCAUGCUGUGACAUGAAGAUCACAUUAGGGGUAGCAAAAGUGAUAUGCAUGAACCAGCGCCCCCUAGCAUGGCCCACCUCGUCCAUCAAUCCUCCCUUCUCCUGUCUUUCACACUUGCAAGCACACAAUUACUCUGAUCAACUAUGCUGCACUCCUUUUGUAGCAAACCAUUUUUCUAAUUGAAGAGCUUUUGUUGGUUUAAUAAAUCGCAAUCAAACAUCA